GUGUACCUGUAACUGACUCUACUGAUCCCCAUGGAGAUAAUGCUAUAAUGUUUAAUCGUCGCCCAGCAUUAUAUGCUUGGAGGCACCCUGGUCCUGGCAGUGACAGUAGCAGCAGUGGUAACUCAAGUGACUCUGUCAGUUCUAGUAGCUCUGGAGAAAAGACUACGAGGCAGAAGAUAAGAGAUCUUGAAAGCUCUGGUGUGACUGUGCGCUUAGGACCUGCUAUUGCUGCAGAGAUGGGAGAAUCUAGAAGUUCUACACCUAGUCCUAAAACUAAUCGGUAUCGACGUGGUCGUCGCAAUGAAGGCUUAUCCCCUACAGUGCCAAACCAACCUAGUGAAGCAGCAGCUCAUUUCUACUUUGAGUUAGCUAAAACUGUACUCAAUAAAGCUGGAGGUAGCAGUAGUACAUCACUAUUUACACAGCCAGCUAAUAGCUCCAAUCAAGCCGGACCUCACCGUGCUUUGCAUCUCUGUGCAUUUGAGAUUGGUCUUUAUGCAUUGGGACUGCAUAAUUAUGUAUCUCCAAAUUGGUUGUCGAGGACGUACUCAUCUCAUGUUUCAUGGAUAACUGGCCAAGCUAUGGAGAUUGGUAGUGCUGCUAUCUUCUUAUUGGUGGAAUCUUGGGAAGGCCACUUAACUCCACCAGAAGUAGCAUCGUUGGCAGACCGUGCCUCUAGAGGGCGUGAUCCAAAUAUGGUGAGAGCAGCAGCUCAGUUGGCUUUGUCCUGUUUACCACAUGCACAUGCUCUGAACCCUACCGAAGUCAACAGAGCCCUCAUGCAGGCAAGUAUUUUUCAAAAAUUGGUGUAG